AUGGUGUAUCUGGCCCCUCCCCACCUCGCAUCCGCGGCACGGCCGUCGUACGGGGAAGCGUAUUCCAACAUCCUAGCACGGCACCGGCGCUCCCCACUCACCUCCGCCUCAUCCGUCAUCCUUCUAGUGGCACCCGAUGUCGAUGCUCUCUGCGCAGCCAGGAUGCUCGCUGAGCUCCUCUCUCAGGACGAUGUCAUGCACAGAAUCAUCCCCGUAUCGGGCAUCGCAGAGCUAGAAGCCAUGAAAGAUGAGCUGGCUACAUACAACGAGCUGCACACCCUCAUCCUCUUCAACAUGGGUGCCAUCUUGGACUUGCCUUCCCCUACAUGGUUUGGUGAAUUCAGCACAAAGCUGACAGUUCACGUCAUCGACUCUAAUAGACCGCAGAACUUGGGCAGCCUGUUCGGUGGCGGUGACAUCGGCGACCGCAUUGUAAUUUGGGACGAUGGCGAGGCAGAAAACAUGGAAGAAGAAAGGAAGGCUUGGGAAGCUCUAGAGGCAGGCAUUCAAUACAUUCGCCGCUCCCCACAUUUUGAUAAAUCGCCACAGUAUGAACCAGAUCCCGACUCUGACGAGGAUUCUUUUUCCAGCUCAGAAGAUGAAAUGCCCUUCGACAGCCAAGAUGAUGUCAGCGAAUCGUCCCGCAAACGCAAGCUUCCAAUAGAUAGCGCUCGUAGCAGGGCAAAACGGCAAAAGGUAAAUGAACGACAUCCUUCUCCGAAUCAAAUGUCUCGAGAUCAGCGAUCACAUUAUCAAUCAGUAGUAGACAAACAUUACACCCGCGGGUCGUGGUACUCACAAAGCGCAUCCGCUACCAUAUUCAUCCUCGCCACAGUCCUCGAGCGCGCCGAUCGUGAUCUCUUAUGGCUGGCUAUUCUCGGCCUCACGUAUCAGUACACGUCUUCUCGCAUAUCCCGCGAUACUUACGAGAAGUUCCACUCCGUUUAUCACGAUGAAGUAAUUCGCCUGAAUCCCUUGCCACCAAGCACCAAAACCACUGCCGAUGCCAUCACUGCACUCAGCCCUGACGACCACUCCAUACGUGCAACGGAAGAGUUCAGGUUCACUCUCUUCCGCCACUGGACACUAUAUGAUGCCAUGUUUCACUCAAGUUACGUGGCCGGCAAAUUGGGUAUUUGGAAGGAACGGGGCCGCAAACGUUUAACUGGUCUCCUUGCUAAAAUGGGUUUCUCGAUCCCUCAGACCCAACAGCCAUAUACCCACAUGGAUCUCGACCUCAAGCACCAGCUCCGCGUGAAACUCGAUGCUAUUGCACCGGAAUAUGGCCUUGUUGAACUCACUUAUCCAUCCUUUAUUCGUUGCUUUGGUUACCGUGCACCCCCACUUAGCGCAGCCGACGCGGUAGAAGCAAUCAGUGCCUUACUCGACGUCGCAGGCGGGGUCCGGAUAGAAGUGGAGGUAGAAGGCGCCAGGCAUGGUGGAGAGUGGUUUGGAAGUGGACAUGUGUGGAAAACAGGGCGACCUGAUGUCAAUGACUCUGCAAAAGUGCUGCCAGGCGAAAAUGGUGGUGCUCACGGCGACGGAGGCGAAGAUGGAUCAGUUGCAGAGGAACGCACAGAGGUGCCCUGGUGGAUGAAGAAUUUCUGGGCGGCCUAUGACGCACUCACCGACAUUGUCUCUCUACGAGAUGCUCUGUCCCUAUCCAUGUCCCUCCACCGUGCUAUCAUUCGCCAAGGGACAACGAUAAUCGAUAAGCAGGACAUCCGCACGAUGCGAUCGCACCGCGUAGUUGUUCUUUCGCAAGGACCCGAUCUUGCCCUCUUCGCCCAUCCCGGAGUUCUAUCGCGUCUGGCAUACUGGCUUAUCGAUGCCCUUCGAGACAAACUUCCAGGCACGAAGUUCACACAUGGAAAGAAAAGUCUCCCGUUCAUCCUGGCAUGUUUAAACGAAUCAACCUCGACAUAUAUCGUCGUAGGCGUCAUGGGUGCACUCGAGUUCGGAGAUGUCAGGAAGAAUGAAUUUGGUCUAGCAUUCAUCAAUGCCAAGGAUCGCUGCAACGCCCGCUCAUCUCAUAAUUCAUUUAACACAAGUGUACUCGAAGUUGACCGUGAAGAUCUGAAAAUGUUUCUGGAAGCCUUGUGUGAGGUUGGAGAAGGGUAUUAG